GGCAUAGCAAAAGCAUAUUGGGUGCCAAAUGUGCUGUCGAUUUCGCGUUGUACCGUUUUGGAUCGACGGUCACAAGCGAAACCCAUCUUUCGCUAGUAGUUCUAAGAGUAAACUACUGUGCAUUUGAUUACAUCGUUAUCUCCAAAGUAAGGCCGCUCUAAAGUUAGAGAAGCCAAUUGUCUAUAUAUUCACUUCGUCGUAAAUUUUAUUGCAGAACGAAAUUGCAGUAAUCAUGGCAUUACCCCUUUCUUCUUUGCUCUUGCUGAUUUUAGCGCUAAUCCUAGUAACUGGUGCCGUCCCUGAAGGAGUACCUAUCCAUUCUCAUCACAGUAGGCGACACAAAGCACUUGUUGCUUCCUCGGUGGUUGCAGCGUUUUUGUUCCUCUGUUUGCUGAUAUACUUCUUAUGUCUGUGGCAUAAGAAGAGGAGACGGAGGAAGCGGCUGGAUUUGGGGUUUUUCGAGAGUUAUGCUGAGCCAAUUCGGGUCGUUACAGUAAAUUCAGCAGGACAGGCCGCUAAAUAUUCGAAGGAGUCUCUGGAGCAAGCGACCGAUACAUUCAAUGCUGAUAACAUCAUUGGAAGCGGCAGAAUCAGUACGGUUUACAAAGGUGCCCGACCUUUCUUCGUUUCCUUUGUUUUAGAGAGCGAAAGUUGGAUCGCUGUCAAGAUAUUGAAUAUAGAGAAUUCAAUAUCGAACAUAGAGUAUUCAACGAAGUUGGAACAGUUUUUAAAUAGUGAUCUCAAUGUAUUAAGUCGCAUUCGUCAUCGCAAUCUGGUGGAAGUUAUCGGAAGUUCUCUGCCAGGUGAGCAGUUUGUGGCUUUGGUUACCAAGUUUGUGCCCAACGGAAAUCUGGAUACGGCCAUUCAUGGUGUCCAGGAGCCGCUGGACUUAACGAUGCGCUUGAAUAUAAUCAUAACCACAGCCCAGACAUUAGUUUAUCUGCACAAUUUAUGUGCCUCUCCUAUCGUCCACUGCCAUUUGAGGCCCACCAAUAUUCUCCUGGAUGAAGGCAACGAAGUCCGUGUGAGUGAUUAUGGCACUGCUGUCAUACUAUGGAGUCAUCUCCAGCAAGAAAGCAGGGCGGUUUCAGAGGGAACCAUUGGGUACAUAGCACCAGAGAUUGCAGUUAUUGAUGAGCAGGAGGUGAGUUCCAAAGUGGAUGUGUACAGCUUUGGGGUAAUCCUCAUGGAGAUAAUGACUCGCAGAAGACCAACUAUAGGUUUGGUAUCUGAGGGCAGUGAGAAAGUGAAUUUGCGUCAAUGGGUAGAAGUUGGUAUGAAUGGUGAGAGUGUAGCUGCGCUUGUUGAUCCAGCACUUACGGAGAUCAUGUCCGAAAGGCAAAGAGAGAAGAUAAUCAACUUGUUGAAGCUGUCGUUGCUGUGCACAAAGGAAAGGCCAGAGGAACGUCCAAGUAUGAGCCAAGUUUUGUCUUGCUUGGUUAAUAUCAAACAGGACCGAUGGGACAGUAAUUUUGGCUUUUAAACUUAGUAACGUUUCGAUCUAGUUAUUGUUAACGUAUCUAUAGCACCGUUUAUAUAGGUAGUGGGUGAAUAGGAAAGUUAAAUGUUAGUGCUUGUGAGAUUUUGCAAGGAGUUGGAAAAAUGGAUAAGAGGAGUUGCGUACAGUGCAUACGUAGAUGUUACAUAGGUGUGUAUUUACUUUUGAGGAGUUGUGUACAGUACACAGAUGUUAUAUAUGUGUAUUUACUAAUUAUUUAAAAAGCCAUCUGAGCUUUUUAGGUUGUGUAA